UGCCUUACUGUCCCAUACCGUGGUUCUUGACCAGCUUGCUUUCUUUCAGAGGCUGUCCAAGCAGGAAUUCUGGCAGCUGGUACACCAGAGCUAUGGCUCUGAGCUGGGCCUGAACAGUGAGGAGAUGGAGAGCUUCCACUCAUCGUCUGAGGACAACGGGCAGUCUCGAUCCAGCAUUUGUGAUGAUCCUGGAGAAAGGGAUGAAAAAGUACCUAAAAUGAUUGGCUUAGUUCGUGAACCCACGCUUCAAACUGAAGGAGAGUCACUUAGCAGACACACAUUGCCAGGAGUGGAGGAGUCCCCAAGUGAGAAGCAAAUAAAGAGCCCUCUUCCAUCUUCAGAAAGAAAACCCCCUAAGCUAGUCAGGAGCAAGUCUUUAGAAAAGUCCUUGGACCUUAAUGAGAAUGAAAAUCUUCUAGAGAAGAGCAGUGCCUCAGAUAGUGAAGAAGCAGUGAAGGAGACUGUCUCUGAGAAUGAUCUCUAUGGGAGACUUUUUAUAAACAGAGUUUUCCACAUCACUGCAGAGAAGAUGUUUGAAAUCCUUUUCACCAAUUCUCACUUCAUGCAGAGGUUUCUCAGUUCCAGGAGUAUAGUAGAUGCUGUAUCAACCCCUUGGAAUAGAGAUUCCAGUGGUAAUCAGUUGAGGACUUUGACGUACACUGUAACAAUUAACAAUCCACUUUGUGGGAAGUUCACAACUGCAACUGAAAAGCAGAUCCUGCAUAAGCAGAGCCAGAAAGGUCAGUCUUAUCAGGUGGAUGCUGAGGUACUGACCCAUGAUGUCCCCUACCAUGAUUAUUUCUAUACUGUGAACAGAUACUGCAUCAGCCGCACAUCGAGUCACAAGUGUCGGUUACGGGUUUCUGCAGAAGUGAAGUACAAAAAACAGCCUUGGGGCCUUGUCAAGUCUGUAAUUGAGAAGAAUACCUGGGGAGGAAUACAAGAAAACUUCAAGCAACUUGAAUCAGAUCUCCUAAUGGAGGAAUAUGCAAUUAAUCAGUCCAUAGAAGACUCUGGAAAAUUAGUUGCUCUGAGACGAAGGCGACGCACUUUACACAGGGGUCUGGCAGAAUCACUUCCCAAACGUUCUUCCCAACAUUCCUCUGCUGACAUGGGAGUAGAGUCCCAAGGCAGCUUAAUAGGAAGGAAAAGAGAUGCAGUAAGUAGGACCACCACCAUCAUUGUAGUAAUGAGUGUCUUUUUGCUGCUCUUGGUCUUGCUGAAUAUAACACUGUUUCUCAAGCUGUCGAAGAUAGAGCAUGCAGCUCAGUCACUCUAUCAUGUCCAGCUUCAGGAAGAAAGCUCUUUGAACAUAUCCCCAGAAAUGGUAUCAAAAGAGGAGAUCCCUCAAUAUGAUAAGGAACAGGUUAAACAUGUGAAGGGAGUUUUACGAGACUCAAUUGAAAUGCUUGAGCAGCUGAAGAUGUCCCUUUCCAUGCUCCAGAGAAGCUUUGACCACUUGAACAGGACACAGAGCAGCAAGACUGAGAGCUGA